GGCCACUGAUGAAACUAUUUGGCUGUCCUACUACUAGGCAACUAGGUUACUUGUCUACUACUACUAGGCCUUUUGUAGUAGUAGUAAUAAUGAUAUUUGCCUAUUGAAAGGUGAUCAGGUGAAAAAGUUGAAGCUGCAGCAAGACCUUUGCUAUUAAGCCUUUUGUAGGUUAAACAGGCUUCGGCAGACAACGUCCUGGAAAGGCUGUGUUUUUCUUUGGUUUGAUUAGCCUACGAUUUAGGCUACGUUUACAUUAGACCGUAUCUGUCUCGUUUUCUUCGCGGAUGCACUGUCCGUUUACAUUAAACCGCCUGGAAACACCGGGAAAUGGGAAUCCGCCAGCGUCCACGUAUUCAAUCCAGAUCGUGUCAGCUCCGGUGCUGUGUAAACAUUCAGAAUACGCGGAUACGCUGUGCUGAGCUCUAGCUGGCGUCUCAUUGGACAACGUCACUGUGACAUCCACCUUCCUGAUUCGCUGGCGUUGGUCAUGUGACGCGACUGCUGAAAAACGUCGCGGACUUCCGCCUUGUAUCACCUUUCAUUAAAGAGUAUAAAAGUAUGAAAAUACUGCAAAUACUGAUGCAAAUACUGCCCAUUGUGUAGUUAUGAUUGUCUUUAGGCUUGCCAUCCUUCCACUUGCAAGUGGUAAGUGAUAUGCGCUGGGAUCACACACACAGCGGCUCAGUCCUGAAUCGUGGCUUGUGCACUUCACUCGCGCGCUCUGUGAGCUGCACAGGGCCGGAGUGCGCACCCUCCAGAGGGCACUCGCUGUUCAGGGCGGAGUGAUUUGGAGCGCAGGAUGCCUGCGGAGCCGAGCAUAUCCGUGUAUUGGCGUUGCUAUGUGCACGCAAAUCGUGUAUUGGUGUUGCUGUGUGCACACUAAUCGUUUUAAAAACGUUAAUCUGAUGAUCGGCUGAUACGGUCUAAUGUAAACAUGGGCUUAAUCUUUAAACAUUAUGGUUUCAGCAGUUCGCUUAAACAUUGGAGGCUGCAGAGUCGGGCUGCAAGAUUUCCCGACACUUGUUUAAGAUGACAAACUUCAUAGUAAGGAGAAAAUAAUUCCACAGUAUUUAGUGCCUCGUCAGUCUCAAAAAUUAAUAGUGAAGGACCAACGCGAAUUAAAUCCCAAAAAAAAACAUCUCGUAGGCCUAUAUUUUACAUUUUCAAAAAAGUCCGGAAUUGGAAGUCGGUCAGUGGAGUGUAAUGAAGUGUCUCAUUCACUAAGCACAAAAGGUCGGAAAACAGUGGAGAAAACAGCGAUUGCUUAAAUAGGCUACUAAUGGUUUACAUUAAUAAUUUAAUGUAUGUGACAAAUAAAUUCAUUGAUUAAAUAGAUAAAGAAGCCAAUACUCCGAAGCUCAAAAUUCAGGAAAGUGGCGCCGGUGUCGCAAGUGCACAAGAACAGUUAUUUGAAAGUUAACCUAAUGAAUUUGCGCGUGCGAUUUCAUGAAGAACCGGGACAAUUGGCAUUCGGUGAAAGAUUCACACCUAUGACUCAUUAUAUUCGCGUGCGCCCUCUCGCCCACUGUUGCUUCGUUUUCCCGAUUUACACGCAAGUCUGAAGAUGGAGUUUUCAGAAAUCUCCACUCUGCCCUGAGUUUGCAAAAGUAGCUGUUUUCAGUGACUGAAACCUCCGUAUAGGUGUGAAUGAGAGGUGCAACCGAAUAAAUAAAUAUGCAUCUUUUUUUAUCCGGCUACAUGUAGGCUAUCACUGCGCAAAGCCUCUAAUGUUGAAAUGGUAGUAAUAUUUGUUAAAAUAAUAGUAGGCUAAUUUCCACAUUAAUCGGUAAAAUGGCACAAGGGAUGUGAUGGGGGAUGGCCGUUUUAUAAGGGGGAUUAUUUGAGGUUUUUAUUUCAGAAGGGGGAUAUAGGCCCUUCGAUUUCCAUCACUAGAGUGCGUCAAAUUACUUUCGGUUUUGCCAGCAUGGACGCGCUUCUUUUAAAUGAAGGCACAGAUGUGUCAGACAUCGACAAAACGGUAAAGAAUAAGUGGAGAUGGGCUUGGCUAAAUGAAAUGGGCGAUAAUGGCAAGCCAUUUAGUUCAUGGUGCAAAAAGAUGAAAAUGGCAGGUGUGUGCUUUUGUGUAGUUUGCCAUAAAAAAAAGUCUAUAGAAGCAAUGGCAAAAAACUAGAUGCCUUUGGCUUCACUGCGAAGAAGCAGAAAAAGUGAACUUUCACUUUACUUUUCUUGUUUCCUGGUUUUAUGUCAACAGAUUCUUAUUUUUCUUUCCGUUCCACUCUUUUGAAAGCAUGGUUCAAGUUCAACUGCACUUGCACUUUUCUCUUAACCACUGUUGUGCAUUACUAAAGUAUUGUUGAAAUAAAUUUGCACUUUGCGCUGAAAACUUGAUGUUUCAUCAUUUAUAGCCAGUAAUGACAAUGGUCAAGUCUUGCCUUAGCUUUAGUCAUUGUUAAAAUUAUGUAAACGUACUAUAAGUAGGGGCCGAGGGGAUAAUGGACAACACGGCGUUUAAAAUUUGACGAAUCGCUGACGUGGUAGGGGCCAACGACAUGGAGCUUUUUUUUUUUUCAGUCAGAUGAUUUUUUUUUUUUGCUUUAAUCCAUGAGACCAACAACAAUAGCAAGACCGUGAAAGGUCGCCAUUUUUAAAUAAGCGACAAGAUAUCAUGGUUGCAGUAAAGCAGCAGUCAUUUAUUAUUAUUGUUGUUGUUGCUUCUUCUUCUCCGUGUUGUUGCUUCGAUGUUCGCACCAAGGUUUAUGCAAACACAGCGACGUAACUGACGUAUACAGUGACGUAAUGGCGUGGCUCCCCUUAGCGCCCCGAGCUAUGGAAAAGCAAACUGAUUCUCAGCUGGCUCGCAAGUUGAACAAGUUGUGAACCAGCACCAGCACUGGCCCCGAACCAGCCUUGGAACUGAUUUGGUGGAAAAGGGGUAUGAGUUACAUGUCGGUCCUGGGAUCGAGAUGCUGACCUCUUCUGCUCCUCGGACCUGCCUGAUCCAACCUGGUGCUCUGUGUCUGGUUGGAGUCUCAUCACAUCACUCCUGUGGAGGGCAGCCCCAUGUGGACAGUUGGGGGUCGUGCCUGGAGGACGCUCUAGACUCUUGCUUGCAGUGGUGCUUUUGUGGCUGGGGACUACAGUUGACUUGCUAAAUUUGGGACUACGGUUGUCGUGAACGGUUUUGCGCUCAGGUUUCCGUUGGUGGGGGGUUUAUAGCAUCAAUGAAGCUGACUUUAUGUUAGGACUGUUAAUGUUCUAGUCAUGUUGUCUGUUGUUGCCCGGAUGGGGAUGGGUUCCCUUUUGAGUCUGGUUCCUCUCAAGGUUUCUUCCUCGUGUCAUCUGAGGGAGUUUUUCCUUGCCACUGUCGCCACAGGCUUGCUCAUUGGGGAUAGAUUAGGGAUAAAAUUAGCUCAUAUUUUAAGUCGUUCAAAUUGUGUAAAGCUGCUUUGCGACAAUCGUUAUAAACGCUAUACAAAUAAACUUGACUAUAAAUAGUAUGAUGCUUGUAUUACUAUUACAGACCUGCCAACCUUUACGCAUUUUGCGUAGCAGAUACGCAUUUCGACAUCAAACUACGCUGCUACGAUUUAACACUUCAAAAUACGCAAAAAGCCAUUGCGAUGUGAUGGCUUUGAGUUCAAAGAUCUUUAAUAUUCCGGUUCAACUAUCUGUGCAUUCGCGCACUAGACAACUCGUCUAUGGGUGUAACCGCAUUGACCAGCAACCUGUAGAGAAAAGAAGACUUCGACCAAUCACAGCAUUAGUUUUAAACUCUUCAAAUAGGCCUAGGCUAUGAGGCUAAGCGGAGAGCCGAGGAGCUGUCAAAACGAAAGUAAUGAAAUUGAUUUUCAUCACUCUCGGUCGAUCUUCAUACUGUGACUGGUUUUACAAGGGAGGACGGUGCUAAACACCGUUUCGAAGGUAAAUGGGCAGGGCAAGGGUAUUGUGAAUAAAGCAAGGACAACCGUCCUAACGUCAUAGUUCAAAGCACAGUGUUCCGCCUUAUCUGAAGGAAAUAUUUGUUCCAGCUUGUUUUGAUAUUUGACCCAGGUUUAUCAAUCCAAAAAAUAUUGCAUAGCCUAAAGUGAAAAUAUAGGAGCCUACUGACGUUUCCAUCCAGUCAACCGAUAGACGCAUUAAAAUCUUCUGAACUAGGCUACUCGUGCAUGUGAGAUUCAGUGAGCAGCGCACGAAGUGUUUUCACGUAAGUGGUGGAUGAUGAUGUGUGUUUGUGUAUGUGUGUGCCUUGCAGUUAAUAAUACACAUGACUUCAGAUGAGGAUACUGACACAGAGAGAGAGGGAAGCAAAUCUAAAAAGAAGCGAGUCUAUGCCCCUCAGAAGUUCCUAAUGAAGUAUCAAGAUCAAUGGCCAUGCCUCUGCCCCUAAACUGCCUAAUCAUGCGUUUUGCGCAGUGUGCAAUUAUGAUUUUGACAUUAGCCAUCAAGGAAAUACAGAGGGCCACCCGGAUGUUGGUGUGUGACGUGCCUUUAUAAUCAGCUGAUGUUACGGAUGUAAGAGAGGCUAUUACAUCUGCCCCAGAAGAAUGCAGGCCCACGUUAUGGAGGAGGUCAUUGCUGACCUGCUUAUUGCUGACACACAACCUGUCAAUCAAGAAAAGAGUACAUCACAGACCUUGUUGGGUAACCAUGUUGGUUGCCAAACAGACCCACCCGGCCGGUCAUCUCAGGGUACACAGCUCUCCUUGCGUACGCUAAGCCCUCGUGUUCGAACCAAAGGUACACAAGUUACAGGUUCUGUAAAUGUGGAGGUUGGCACAACUACCACAGACGCACCUUGGACCAAAAGAUGUCCUCUGGCGUCCCCACCAUUCAAGGCUCCGAGGCCAGCAAAAAGACCUCGGCUGGAUUUCGAAGAGGAAGACAAAGGAGAGCUUUCCACAGAGGUCCCUGAACCACAGGCUCCCACCGAUGAUCCUGUCGAGUCAGUCAUAGUUACGAUAGAAUCGUCACAGUUUUCGAGUACUGAGGUGAUGGUGAACACGCAAUGUUUGCUGGAGCUUUUCCAGUUCUGCUGGUUUUGUCAGAGAGAGUGCUGUACUACCAUUGAGGGCAACGAGAAGCUGUCUUCAGUCACACAGGACUGUAAGAGUUGUGGCGACCGCAGAGACUGGAUGAGUCAUCCUCCCACAAGUUUAUCUAGUGAUGAAGAAGCAAGCCUUUCAGAAGAGGAAGAGAAAAAGAAAAGAAAGAGGAAGUCUGAUAGUUCAGAUGAGUGGGAGCCUUGUUUAGAUGAAGAAGCCACAGACUCUGAUGUGUCUAUGGAUGAAGACCUGUUCACAGCUUUAAAGGAGGAUGGUGAGGGUAAACUUGUGGUGUGGUGUACACAAUGUGAGACUGAGGCCUCGCGCUCCUGUUCUAUCCUUAAACACAAAAAAGUGUUCUGCUGUUCUCAGUGCAGGACAGGUGACGACGUUCAAACACAUAAUUGUGAAAUUCUACCUGUUCAGUUUGAUGAUGUUGCCAGUUUUCAAAUGCAUGUUGAACAGGAGCACAGAGCCAAACCAUUCAAUAUACUGUGUCAGGAUUGUGGCAAGUUUGUUAGAGCAAAUAAAGAGCAUGUCUGUGAACACAAAAUCAAAUUAAUUGUCUGUUCAGACUGUGGGAAAAGGUUCCUCACUGAGGUCGGCUUAAAGGCGCACUACAAUCAGGUCCAUUUGGCUGGUGAUCAUCCAUGUAAAUACUGUCUGAAGGUCUUCAAAACCAAAUCUGCAAAACUGGACCAUGAGCAGACUCAUCCUAAAGAAAAUCCAUCCUACAGCUGUCCAGAUUGUCCACAGACGUUUCGUGAGAUUCACAAACGCGAUAAACAUGUUAGAUCUCAUCGAGGUCCACGUAAACAUGUGUGUGAUGUUUGUAACAAGGUGUUUAAGUAUAGUACCAGGUUGAGGAGGCAUAAACUCAUCCACUCUGGUGAAAAGCCUUUCAAAUGCCAAGUGUGUGAGCGUUCCUUUAACCAAGUAGUAAACCUCACUUCCCACAUGCGCGUCCACACUGGAGAGAAACCUUUCAUGUGUGAGCAAUGUGGAGAGUCUUUCAGUCACAAUGUCAGCCUGAAGAACCACAAGCAACGACACCAUGACUCGGGUUCGACUCAGGAGGAAGAAAUAAUGAGUGAUCUAGAGGAAAACGAUUUAUAAAUGGUGGCAGUUUUUUAGUAAAGCUUUGAUUAAUAGUUCAUGAGGAAAAAUGAUGUCUGAAGUCCUGCAUCUGUAAAUGGUUAUUAAAAGUCUAUUAAGGAUGCAGAUAUUUCCUCCAACAAGCUUUCAUUUUAAUUCACAGACCUGUCUUCAACUUUCAUAAAGCCUGCCUUGUCAAAACUGCCAUGUAGUCUUCUCCUGUUAUUUGUAUAAUACAGACUGUGCUGUCUCUCUUGCUGACACAAUAAAUAGAAGUUACAGAACCA